GGCGGCAGGUGCGGCGGCCCAAGGAGGCUCCGGCGCUCCCUCCGGCUGCAGGCAGCAUGAAGGCGGGGGCCGGGUCAGUGUGCAAUGGAUGGAAGAGCAGACUCUUUGGUGAUGUCUGUGCACCUGCUUGCAAAAUCUGGAUAUGCAUUACUCUUGCGGCAGACCCUCAGUCAGCUUCAGAAAUGGAUCUGCCUGGACGUACGCCUUUUCCUUGUGUCAGAAGUCACUUCGCCAGUUAAGUAUUACGAGACAUCCCGCCAAAAGAGCUCCAGGUUCCCUGGAACAUCCAUUCUGCUUUUCUUGCAUGAAGACUUGGGGGAGGAGCGGAUUUUCCAAGUCCAUGACGUUUUCCAGCACCCGCCGUGGCACCGUGUCAACCUGGAAAGCGCUCGUGGGAAGCCGUCCUGGCAGGCCCUUGGUAAUCAGGAGUUCUAUGGGCUAGAUGAGCAUCUGCCGGUGUGGGGAGUGCGACAAGUUCAUUAUGGCUCUGAAAUUCUGCGCAUCACACUCUACUGUAGCUUUGACAACUACGACGAUGCGGUGAGGCUUUACGAGAUGAUCCUGCAGAAAGAAGCGACUGUGCAAAAAAGCAGCUUCUGUGCCUUUGUGCUGUACACAACCAAGAGCGUCGCAGUCCAGCUUUGCCUGAAGCAGCUGCCUCUAGGGCUGUCGGUCAAUUUGAAGGAAUCUUCGGUGUUGCAGUUCAAGGUGCAUGAAAUUGGGCAGCUGGUUCCCCUCCUGCCUAAUCCCUGUGUUCCUAUCAGCAGUACUAGGUGGCAAACGGAAGACUAUGAAGGAAACAGGAUCCUGCUUCAGGUUCAAACCAGCUCAAAACACAGUGGAAAGCAGGAUUCACUUCCCAAUUGCCUUAACGAUGCAAGUGAGGAAAGGCUCCCCCACUACUCCAACCCCUCCCCAUUAGCUGCGAGACGGAUAAAUGUGCAGCAAAAAAAUCGAACUCUUCGAGCUGUGAAGAAUAAAAACAAAUCUACACGGAGUGGGAUGUAUGCUCCAGGAAGUCUUUGUGAUCCCUCACAAAGCCACUCUAGCUCUUCAUCCCAAUCACUUUGUCCCACAGAUUCUUCUCUGCAGGACCUAAUACCUUCUUACAUGAACUUGAGCACUCAGAUAAGACUUUCUAGUAGUGAACUCUGGCAUUGCAAGGAGGAAGAGACUAAUGUUGAUACAGGCUACAGAGUGGAACCUUCUAAACGUGAUGGCUCUCCAUUGAACAGGUUCUCAAGGGACUUGCAAGACGGUCUUCCGUCACCCCAGGAGCUAUGUCGUUCGUUCCCUGGCACUGGCUCCAGAAUCAGCUUACUCUCUGCAGAUAGAAACCAUCCAUCAUUACGUAUUACCAAAAUAAAGAAUAAAGUAUCGGGAGAGAUGCAGUCAGGUUCUCAUCUAGGAAUAUCAAGAGCAAGCCAUGGGAAUGAAAAGGAAGAGGAUGAAGAAUUUUUUAUAUGACUUUAAAUACAAACUGAUUUCUCAGUGCCUUAUUUGUGAAAUAAUGGAGAGAGCAAUCUGUAUCCUGCACAAAGACCUUGUCCUUGUGUAGAUACCCCAGCUGCCUAUACUACCUUAUUCUGUUAGUGCAAAAAGAAAGCUUAAGAGUAGUUUGCAUAAGAUUGCACUUUUAGUUGGUUUAGCAUUAGUUAUUCUCCAUGAACAUUAUUCUCUCACGCAGUCCCAGUCUAAGCUCCUUGAAAUCGAUAGGAGAAA